AAUUAUCCUAACUCAGUAUAAAACGCAGUUAAACUUCGACACAAUAAUUUACUGGACCAAAUCAAUUAAGUAACAAGUACUCGAGUCUAGAUGAUCUUGUCUCAGUGCACGUUGAAGCUUUUCGGAUAGGUUAGCUCGCUAGCUGCUAACAAAGAGACUCGUUUGCAACUGAGCGGAGAUCAAAUGCGAGUGUCAAGUGUUGGGAUUACCGCGUGAAAAUGUGUGCAAAGCUUGUGAAAGAAGGAUGCGACGAGGAACUGGACGCUGUUUUCAAGAAGUCUCAAAAUGUCUUACACAAUGCAGGUUUGUUCAUAUCGGACAGACGGAUAUAUACUUUAAUCGACAGUACAAAAUAUCUUCAUCCUGAGCAGCAGGAAUGGAGCUUCGGGGUGGAGCAGCAGGGGCCAGGGCCCCCUCACAAUGACGUGGAAGACGCACCAGAGACCCUGGCUAUUAAACAGGAGGAGCAGGAGACUGAUAUUGCCAAGUUUCCAUUGAUUGUUGUGAUUGUGAAGAGUGAAGAUGAUGACAAAGGAGAUGUCAGUGAAGAACUUCAUUUUGUACAGCAGGACUGGAACUUCAGGGUGGAGCAGCAGGAGCCCCAACACAUGAAAGACAAAGAGAAACCAGAGCUCCCCCACAUUAAAUUGGAAGAACAGGAAGAGGACAUGAAGUUGUUAUUGACUCUUGUCCCUGUAAAAAUUCAAGAUGAGGAAGUCAAAGGUCAGAGUGAAGAGAACAGAGGGACAGAGCCUCUGAGCAGCAGUUCAAGUCAACACAUGACAACAGAAUCUGAUGGAGACCACUGGAGAGGAUCACAAGCAAACGGCCUCUUCGCGCCACUUUCAGAUUGUGACAACAUAAUGUCACGCUCUUCUGACACUGAUGAUGAACACUCUAAAGGUGACAUGACAUGUCACACUGACAACAAACGUGUGAAAUGUUCUCAAUGUGACAAAACAUUUUUCAAUAAGUCAUCGUUGAAAAGACACAUGAGAACACACACUGGAGAGAAACCGUACAGGUGCUCCGAUUGUGGUAAAAGAUUCAGUCAGAAGGCAGAUUUAAAUAUACAUAUUGGGGGUAAACGUUUUGCCUGCUCAUUUUGCCCUUUAAGUUUCAGUAAGCGUUGUAAUUUAAUAACACACACAAGAACACACACUGGAGAGAAACCUUUUGCCUGUUCAGACUGCUCCUUAAGUUUCAGUGUACGUUCAGCAUUGGCUCAGCACAUGAAAACACACACUGGGGAGAAACCUUUUUCCUGCUCAGUUUGUGGAAAAAGAUUCACACAAAGUAGCAAUUUGACAACACACAUAAGAAGUCACACUGGUGAGAAACCAUUUAGUUGCAGUGUGUGUGAUAAACAAUUCACUUAUAAGUAUCAGAUGAACAAACACAAGUGUGCUGGUGAGAAGAGAAUCAAUAAAUGAAGCUGCAAAAGUAAGUUAAGGACUA